CUGUACUGUGCGUAACAUUUUCUUACAUCGGCUUAGCGGCAGGCCUGAGAAUUUUGAAAAUUCAUUCGAACCCCAUUAUUUUUGGCGCCGAGUUCGUAGCUGGAGUUUCGCCAAGGUUCUCAAUUGCCCAUGAAUGGCGUCCGGCUCUCCUCCUACGCGCAUCGACCAGUUUUAUGCUUCAAAGAAAAGGAAACCUCUUACUCCCAGUCUGAAGUCUGGGAGUUACGAGAAGGAUGGAAAAAGGACAUUUGAAGGGUCUCCUGGUGCCAAGGGUACGUUGGACAAUUACCUGGUGAACUCACAGGACCAUGGCAACUCUGAUAACCCAGUUCGGGAGACCUUGUUUGCGCAAGACUUGGUAAAAAGAAACUUAUUGUUGGAAAUUAAUAGUUCCUCUAAAAAUGAACAAGAGGAACUCGCUCUGUCUCGAGGGUCUCACACUUCUGAAGCAACUCAAGGAAUCAAAAAAAGAACUCUGCAGGAAUCGUACGAGACCGGAAGUUCAGCAGUCAAAGCUAUGGCAAGUGACUGGGGUGUCGUACCAUGCACGGAGAAACCAGAGCUUAAACAGUUUGCAGCUGAUUUCUUGUCUCUGUACUGCAGUAGUGAAGUACAGACGACCGUUAGUACGCCAGUUGAGCAAAAAGUGACUGUUCAGUUGAGGCAUUCUAGUCCUACUCUGUUAGAAGGGGAGGCUAAGUUACCAAAGAAGACGCAUUCAGUCGCUGGCCCAUCAAAUGCCAAAGGCAAAGCUGAUACCUCAAGGGAGAUGUGCUGCGGAAACAUGCAGUCCAAUUUUUUUGUUGACACUGGGGAUACUGAUAGCAGUCAUCCUGUUGUGCUUAAGGCAUGCCAGCAGAAAUGCAGUAAAGCACCUAGAUCACCUUAUUGUUUGACUGAAUGCCAAACACCAGGCUUGUCGACUGCAAAUGCACGUUCUCGUGAAACUCCCAAGUCCGGAAGCUCUACAUUUUCUCCUGGAGAAGCUUUUUGGAAAGAAGCAAUUGUGUUUGCAGAUGGUUUGUGUGCUCCAAGCAUUGAUCUUACCAAUUAUGCUACUGAAGAAACUAAGCUUGUAGAGAACCAGAGUAAUACGAAGAAACUUUUAAUACCAAAAGGGGAACCUUCUAAAAAACGGUUAAAAGGACAGUUUGAUGAAGUUGGAGCCAGCAGUGGAGUCAGGCUGGGGGAACCUGGUGCUUCCAAAGUUUCAUUGAGGAGCGAUUUGAAAGACUUAAGUAGAGAAGUGUCUUCACUUCCUGUUAAGCAUUUUGACUUCUCAGCUGAAGACAAAAAUUUGGAUGAAAGUACAUCACCUUGUUGUGCUUCAAAUGAAUCUAAAGUUAAUGCACAUGAAGUUAAUGUGCAAUCUGAUUGUUGUUAUACCACUCGUAACAGUCUAGCAAAGCAUAACGUCUGUAACAGCGACUCUCUUACAAAUGAGAAAAUACAUGAAAUGGAAGUAACUUCAUUUGUUCCAGAAGUGACUGAAGCGAAGGUGAACAUAUUUAGUCACUCUGAUAGUAUUACAUCUAACACAGUGGUUCAUGAACUUAGGGCUUCCACUGUUCAUGAUGUUAACAAGGAAAUGACACCUUCAAGUUCUAUCAGACAUGAAGAUUGGCUAGAUCUAAGUUGCUGGCUGCCACCUGAAAUUUGCAGCAUUUACAAAGAGAAAGGAAUCUCAAAACUGCAUGCUUGGCAGGUUGAAUGUCUUAAGGUAGAUGGUGUCUUGCAGAGAAGAAAUCUUGUUUAUUGUGCAUCUACUAGUGCUGGAAAAAGUUUUGUCGCAGAGAUUUUAAUGUUACGGCGGGUCAUUUCUACUGGAAAAAUGGCAUUUCUUGUACUUCCAUAUGUAUCAAUUUGUGCAGAAAAGGCAGCACAUCUUGAUGUGCUUAUUGAACCUCUGGAUAAGCAUGUGCGUAGUUAUUAUGGAAACCAAGGUGGUGGAACGCUUCCUAAGGAUACUUCUGUGGCUGUUUGCACAAUUGAGAAGGCAAACUCUUUGGUGAACAGAUUGUUGGAAGAGGGUCGUUUGUCAGAAAUUGGAAUCAUCGUGAUAGAUGAAUUGCACAUGGUUGGGGAUCAGACAAGGGGUUAUCUUUUGGAGCUUUUGUUAACAAAACUUCGUUAUGCUGCUGGUGAAGGUAAUUUAGAUUCUAGCAGUGGCGAGAGUUCUGGUACAAGCAGUGGUAAGUCGGACCCUGCUCAUGGUAUUCAAAUUGUUGGCAUGAGUGCAACCAUGCCAAAUGUGGCAGCUGUGGCAGACUGGCUUCAGGCUGCCUUGUACCAUACUGAUUUUCGACCUGUUCCGUUAGAGGAGUACAUUAAAGUUGGCAAUACCAUUUAUGAUAAAAAAUUGGAUAUUGUUAGAACAAUCUCAAAAACAGCUAAUCUUGGUGGUAAGGAUCCGGAUCACAUUGUAGAAUUAUGUAACGAGGUUGUUGAGGAGGGUCACUCAGUAUUAAUCUUUUGCUCCAGUCGAAAAGGAUGUGAAUCAACAGCAAAACAUGUUUCAAAAUUCCUCAAGAAGUUUUCUGUUGAACUCCAUAAUGAGAACAGUGAGUUUACAGAUAUUUUUUCGGCGAUUGAUGCACUGCGAAGAUGUCCUGCUGGAUUGGAUCCUAUAUUAGAGGAAACCUUUCCGUCUGGUGUUGCCUAUCAUCAUGCUGGCCUUACUGUAGAGGAAAGAGAGAUUGUCGAAACUUGCUACCGCAGGGGUCUUUUGCGUGUUUUAACUGCUACAUCUACCUUAGCUGCUGGAGUUAACCUGCCAGCUCGAAGGGUUAUUUUCCGACAACCUAGGAUUGGACGAGAUUUUAUUGAUGGUGCAAGGUACAGGCAGAUGUCUGGUCGGGCUGGCCGGACUGGAAUAGAUACUAAGGGGGAGAGUGUACUCAUUUGCAGACCAGAAGAGCUUAAAAGAAUUAAUGAACUUCUUAACGAGAGCUGUCCACCACUGCAAUCAUGUUUGUCUGAAGAUAAGAAUGGAAUGACUCAUGCAAUUUUAGAAGUUGUGGCUGGUGGGAUUGUUCAAACUGCAACUGAUAUUCACCGAUAUGUAAGGUGUACUCUUCUGAAUUCCACAAAACCAUUUCAAGAUGUGGUUAAAUCAGCACAGGAAUCUCUUCGGUGGUUGUGCCAUGGAAAAUUUCUUGAAUGGAAUGAAGAUACCAAGUUGUAUAGCAGCACACCUCUUGGACGUGCAUCGUUCGGAAGCUCUCUUAGUCCAGAAGAAUCACUUAUUGUUUUGGAUGAUCUUUCGAGGGCCCGAGAAGGAUUUGUGCUUGCAUCUGAUUUACAUUUGGUGUACCUAGUUACACCAAUCAAUGUUGAUGUUGAGCCAGAUUGGGAGUUGUAUUAUGAACGGUUUAUGGGUCUGCCUUCUCUUGACCAGUCUGUUGGGAAUCGAGUCGGAGUAACAGAACCAUUUUUGAUGCGCAUGGCACAUGGUGCACCAGUUCAACGUGCGAACAUAACAAGAAAUGGUGUCAAAAGUUUACGUACCAAGCGAGAUGAACAUGGGAGCAUGUAUGAUGUCAGACCUUCAGAGGAGCAAACCAUUCGAGUGUGUAAACGAUUUUAUGUGGCUCUCAUCUUGGCAAGACUUGUUCAGGAAACUCCCAUUCCGGAAGUUUGUGAAGCUUUUAAAGUCGCUAGAGGGAUGGUUCAAGCAUUACAAGAGAGUGCUGGAAGAUUCGCAUCUAUGGUUUCUGUAUUUUGUGAGAGGCUUGGAUGGCAUGAUCUGGAAGGUUUAGUAGCCAAGUUCCAAAAUCGUGUUUCAUUUGGAGUGAGAGCAGAGAUUGUAGAACUUACUCUUAUUCCAUAUGUUAAGGGUUCUCGAGCCAGAGCACUCUACAAAGCUGGUUUGCGGACACCUUUAGCAAUUGCAGAAGCAUCUGAUGCAGAAGUAAUUAAAGCUCUUUUUGAGUCGGCAUCAUGGACUGCAGAAGAGAGUACAGCACAAAGACGCAUGCAUGUUGGAAUAGCAAGGAAGAUUAAGCAUGGUGCACGUAAAGUCGUUCUUGAUAAAGCCGAAGAGGCUAGGAUUGCUGCAUUCUCUGCUUUUAAAUCAUUGGGGUUAAUUGUGCCACAAAUUUCUCGUCCUUUGUCAGUAAGUGCAGAUGGAAAUAUAACAGCACAAGUGGCUGCAAGUAUUCCCUCUGAAAUUGAUACUUCUAACAGAGUUGUUGGCACAGCACAAAUGGAACAUGUUUCAAUAAAUUCAUGUUUUGGAGGAACUUCUAGUUUUGAAAAAGUAGGUAGCAAGAACCGGAGUCAAACUGGAGCAAUUUCUGUUGAAGUCGAACGGUCUGAUUUUGGCACUGAGAAUCAUCUGGUGAAUGUUGAAGGGUCUUCGAUCCAGGAGCAAAAAACUGUGGUUGAAUGCGCAGAAAAGGUAGAUGUUGCAAUCUCUAAUCAUGUGAAAAAAAUUAAUGAUUCAAUCAAUGUGCAAGACGUGUAUAAUAAAGAUGUUCAAGGGGAACAGCAUGGCAGCAAUGAUUUGCAUCUUCCCAGAAGAGAUGGGUCUUCCAUGAAGGGUCCUAUGCAUGCAGUUAGUACAUUUGGUGGCUUUGAAUCUUUCUUGGAUUUGUGGGAUGCUACCCAGGAAUUUUAUUUUGAUCUUCAUUAUACCAAGCGAUCUGUAGUGAAUUCUGUUGUCCCCUUUGAAUUACAUGGAAUAGCCAUCUGUUGGGAAAAUUCCCCGGUGUAUUAUGUGAACCUUCCGAAAGACUUGUUAUUGUCCAAGAGUGGAAAAAGUCUUUAUCCGGAUGACAGCACAACUGGUGACCAGACAGAUGUUUCACAAUAUGAGCGCCAGUUUGAGAUGGUUGAAAAAAGAUGGAAAAGGAUCAAUGAAAUUUUUGCAAAAGAAAAUGUCAGAAAGUUUGCAUGGAAUUUGAAAGUUCAGGUUCAGGUGCUUAAAUGUCCGGCAGUUUCCAUUCAGAAAUUGGGUUACCUGAACUCUGCUCGGCGUAGUAUGGGUCUUGAACUUGUAGAUGGUUCAUACUUAGUAUUGUCUGGAGUCCACAUAAGCAAUGGAAUUGAUAUGUGCAUUGUGGCAUGGAUUCUUUGGCCAGAUGAUGAGAGAAAUUCAACCCCUAACCUGGAGAAGGAAGUCAAGAAAAGAUUAUCUAGUGAGGCUGCUGCUGCUGCUAAUAGGAGUGGCCAGUGGAAGAAUCAGAUGAGAAGAGUAGCACAUAAUGGUUGCUGUCGGCGUGUUGCACAGACACGAGCUCUAUAUUCUGUUCUCUGGAAGUUAAUAAUUUCUGAAGAACUCAUGGAAGCUCUCAAUAGUGUAGAGAUUCCAUUGGUAAGUAUUCUUGCUGAUAUGGAAACCUGGGGUAUAGGUGUUGACAUGGAGGGAUGCAUUCGAGCCCGUAAUUUACUGGGAAAAAAACUCAGGUGCCUCGAGAAGGAAGCUUAUAGGCUAGCUGGCAUGACCUUCUCCCUGUACGCAGCAGCAGAUAUUGCAAAUGUUCUGUAUGGACAUUUGAAGCUCUCGAUUCCAGAGGGGUUCAACAAAGGCAAACAACAUCCUAGUACUGAUAAACAUUGUUUGGACCUGCUGAGGUAUGAACACCCUAUUGUUCCAGUCAUUAAAGAGCACCGGACAUUGGCUAAGCUCUUUAACUGUACUUUGGGAUCCAUUUGCACGCUAGCUAAGCUAUCUGCAAGGACACAGAAAUACACGCUACAUGGUCAUUGGCUCCAAACGUCCACAGCAACUGGUCGGCUUUCCAUGGAGGAGCCUAACCUUCAGUGUGUUGAGCAUAUGGUAGAUUUCAAAAUAAGCGAAGAUGAUGUUGAUCAUUGUAAAAUUAAUGCUCGUGAUUUUUUCAUCUCUACUCAGGAAAAUUGGUUGCUCUUAUCGGCAGAUUAUUCUCAGAUAGAGUUGCGGCUGAUGGCACAUUUUUCAAAAGACUCCUCACUGAUUGAACUCCUCAGUAAGCCUCAUGGGGAUGUUUUUACUAUGAUUGCUGCUAGAUGGACAGGGAAGACAGAAGACUCUAUUGGAUCUCAUGAGCGAGAUCAAACUAAAAGAUUGGUAUAUGGAAUCCUUUAUGGAAUGGGGGCCAAAUCACUUGCAUUACAACUGGAAUGUAGUCGGGAUGAAGCGACAGAGAAGAUUCAAAGUUUCAAGAGUUCUUUCCCUGGCGUGGCUUCAUGGCUUCAUGAGGCGGUUGCAUUUUGCCGUCAGAAGGGGUAUGUUGAAACUCUUAAAGGAAGAAGACGCUUCUUGUCAAAAAUAAAUUCUCCAAAUAGCAAAGAAAAAUCGAAAGCACAGCGACAAGCUGUGAAUUCAAUUUGUCAGGGUUCAGCAGCUGACGUAAUUAAAGUUGCUAUGAUCAACAUUUACCAUGUCAUUGGAACGGAUGCACCAGAUCUUACACAGUUACCUGCAGCUAACUCUAACAUCUUGAGGGGUCACUGCCGAAUUGUGUUACAGGUGCAUGAUGAGUUAGUGUUAGAAGUUGAUCCUUCCAUGGUAAAGGAGGCAGCAGCUUUGUUACAAAUUAGUAUGGAAAAUGCUGCCUCACUUCUGGUUCCUCUGCAAGUCAAAUUGAAAGUUGGACGAUCUUGGGGUUCUUUGGAGCCAUUCGUGCUAGAUCACUGCAAGAAUGAAGUUCUUGUGCCGGGAUCUUGACCACCAAAGUUUUUAGUUAUGUGACGGAUUUUCAAAUAUUUGGAUCCAGACGUUCCUAGUGGAUGAUUGAGCUUAAAAGGGUUUCAGUUUUUUCAGAAGAAAGCUUGGUGCAAACAGUAGACUACCUGGCCUUAAGAAAGGAAGAAGCUGAUGGAAACAGUGCUUGGCUUUAUUCUGAGACCUUUCAUCAAAUGCUCGAAUUCGCAACAGCUUUUUAUAAUCAGCAACCUUCAAAGCAACCGGUUUCGUAUGGUCUGCUUUUGACACUGGAGUUGUGACCUGUCAUCUUUCUUCUGCUGCAGUUGCCUUCUCUUGCAGCCAUCUUCCCACAUCUGCUUCUACAACAAUUUCCAAGUGGAGUUCCUCAAGUCGAUUGUGGAUCGAGAGAACACGCUGUGUUCCUACUUUCUUCUAAUAAUAUUUCACCAUUUGACUAUAUUGGUAAAUAUCCUCUCCAUCCAGAGGUAUGGAUUACUCAUAGAAGUGUUUCGAGAUCCUGCAAAUAAUGCAAACGACGAGAAGCUAUAGAAAGUGGCAUCGUUGUGGAGGCGAGAACCCGGGUGCAGCAUACUUCUUAAGGUACGCGUAUCCAAGAAUCAGAGCGUUAUUUGGUUCCUCAUUUGAUACUUCAUUGUGAGCGCAUCAAGCCGACUUGAAGAUUUCAUCUCGGUCAGUGCUCAUUUUUACCAUUUCCAACUGCUGCUCAGUAUCAUCUUGUCUGUCCCACCAAAUUUUUGCCAUCCUUGGUUGUUUGGUAUAUGCAUAUGGCCACCAUCUCCAUAAACUAUAAUGUGAAAGAGAGGCUGUUCAGCCAUUGCAUUUGGAGAUGCAUAUUUUUUUCAGUAAACUCCAAUGCUGGUCUCUCUCUGGCCCCAUAAAGUUACUUUCAUUUCGAUACAAAGUUUUCUUCUUUUUUAUACAACCUUGUACACAUUGUUCUGAUUCAAUUAUUUAAUGA